UAUUGAGUAUAGAAAAAUUAGAGAGCAUUUCUUCUAAAAUCAAGCAAUCGUAAAUUCCAUUUCAAUCUUCUAUAUGAUUGUAAAUAGGUGGAAGUGGGCAUAUAUAUAUAUGAGUCGAGAGAUGGCAAACUAAACAUAUGAGAAACUUUGCACGAUAGCAAGAAAACGAAUAUUGAUAUGUAUAAACUUCAUGGCCAUUAUUACGUUGCUUUGUUUUUUCUUCCCUUCACUACCUACAAGUUCUAGUCCUUUUGUUUGAAGUUUGAAGUUUUCUUUGCGAAUCGAAGAUCGAUCAUGUGGAGGCUUAAGAUAGGUAAAGAUGGAAAUGAUCCUUACAUAUAUUCCAUGAACAACUUUGUAGGAAGACAAAUAUGGGAAUUUGAUCCAAAUGCAAGAACUCCUGAAGAGCAAGCUGAAGUUGAACACUUACGCCAACGUUUUGCAAAAAAUCGUUUCAAUGGUCUUCCUAGUGGUGACUUGCUUUGGCGCCUCCAGUUUCUUAGAGAGAAAAAGUUCAAACAAAGUAUACCACAAGAGAAAGUUGAAGAUGGAGAAGAAAUAAGUUAUGAAAAGGCAUCAAAUGCAAUGAGAAGAGGAGCACAUUUCCUAGCAGCCAUACAAGCAAGUGAUGGGCAUUGGCCAAGUGAAACAUCAGGCCCUCAAUUUUACUUGUGUCCUAUGCUAAUUUGCAUCUACAUUAUGGGUAUAAUGGACACAAUAUUGAGUCCUGAGCACAAGAAAGAAAUGUUGCGUUAUGUCUAUAACCAUCAGAACGAAGAUGGAGGAUGGGGGUUGCAUGUAGGUGGUCACAGUAACAUGUUCUGCACUACCUUUAAUUACAUCUCUUUGCGUUUACUUGGGGAAGGACCUGAGGUUGAAGAACUUUCGAAAUCCAGAAAUUGGAUACGACACCAUGGUGGUGUCACCUCGAUACCUUCUUGGGGAAAGACAUGGCUCUCGAUACUAAACGUGUUCGAUUGGUCUGGAAGCAAUCCCAUGCCUCCUGAAUAUUGGAUGUUACCCACUUGGCUUCCCAUUCACCCAUCAAACAUGAUGUGUUACACUCGAAUCACCUACAUGCCCAUGUCUUAUUUGUAUGGCAAAAGGUUUCAAGCACCACUAACGUCUUUUGUUUUACAAUUAAGAGAUGAACUUCACACUCAACCUUACCAUCAAAUUGAUUGGAAGAAAGCUCGUCACAUGUGUGCUAUGGAAGAUUUGUACUUUCCACAUCCCAUUGUUCAAGACUUGCUUUGGGACACUCUUUAUUUACUUAGUGAACCACUCAUGACUCGGUGGCCUUUUAAUAAAUUGAUUCGUCAAAAAGCCUUGAAUGAGACUAUGAGACAUAUUCAUUAUGAGGAUGAAAAUAGUCGCUACGUUACCAUUGGCUGCGUUGAAAAGCCUCUAUGUAUGCUUGCUUGCUGGAUUGAAGAUCCAAAUAGUGAAAGCGUGAAGAAGCAUUUAGCCAGACUUCCUGAUUAUUUCUGGAUGGCUGAAGAUGGUAUGAAAAUACAAAGUUUUGGUAGCCAAUCAUGGGAUGCUGCUUUGGCCAUGGGAGCUCUACUUUCUUGUAAUAUCACACAUGAAAUUGAGACUGUCCUCAACAAUGGCCAUCAAUUCAUCAAGAACUCUCAGGUUAGAAACAAUCCUUCAGGUGACUAUAAAAGUAUGUUUCGCCAUAUGUCUAAAGGAUCUUGGACCUUUUCAGACUGUGAUCAUGGAUGGCAACUUUCUGAUAGCACUGCUGAGAACUUAAAGUGUUGCCUACUUCUCUCCUUGCUACCACCUGAAAUAGUUGGCGAAAAAAUGGAACCAGAACGUCUCUACGAUGCUGUUAAUGUCAUCCUAAGCCUGCAAAGCAAAAAUGGGGGUUUACCACCCUGGGAACCAGCAUCAAGUUACUACUGGAUGGAGUGGCUGAAUCCAGUGGAAUUUCUUGAAGACCUAAUCAUCGAGCACGAACAUGUGGAGUGCACCUCAUCGGCGUUACAAGCCAUACUUUUAUUUAGGAAACAAUACCCAUCACAUAGAAAGGAAGAGAUCAAUAAAUUUAUCAACAAGGCUAUUCGAUUUCUUCUGGACACACAACUGCCUGAUGGUUCUUGGUAUGGAAAUUGGGGGAUUUGCUAUACAUAUGGAACAUGGUUUGCACUUAAGGCAUUGUCAAUGGCGGGGAAGACUUAUGAAAAUUGUGAAGCACUUCGAAAAGGAGCUAAUUUUCUAAUUAACAUACAAAAUUCAGAAGGAGGGUUUGGAGAGAGCUACUUGUCAUGUAGCAAGAAGAGAUACAUACCGUUGGAUGGAAAACGAUCAAAUUUGGUGCAAACGGCAUGGGGUUUGAUGGGUUUGAUAUGUGCUGGACAGGCAAAUAUAGACCCCAAUCCAAUUCAUCGUGCUGCCAAGGUUUUGAUCAAUUCUCAAACUGAAGAUGGUGAUUUUCCACAAGAGGAAAUUACUGGAAUAUUCUUCAAAAAUUGCACAUUACACUAUGCAGCAUAUAGAGAAGUUUUUCCAGUGAUGGCAUUGGGAGAAUAUUGUAACAAAAUUUCCCUGUUUUCUAAUGAAAAACAAUAAAUUUGAGAUUUGAAUUAAUCAAACCUAUAAACUACAAAUUAAUAAA